CUUGUUAAUGGAAUCCUUAGUCCCCCUACAUCUUAGUUCCAUAGAUAUAAAUUUAUUAAUCACUACAAACUAUUUUAUUAAAUAAUAAAGCAGUACUUAAUCUACAUAAUUUUCCUGAAUUAAACUAACAAAAUGUAUACAUUAGUCCUUUUAAGGCAUGGCGAAAGCGUUAUGAACAAAGCUAACCGCUUCUGUGGAUGGAUUGACGUAGAUCUGAGUGAGGAAGGAGAAAAACAAGCCAGAGAUGCAGCGGAGCUUCUGAGACCAUUCAAUUUUAGAUUUGGUCAUGUUUACACUUCUAUCCUGAAACGUUCAUACGAAACUGCAAGAUUAGUCCUAGAGACGUUAAAUCACCCUGAAGUCCCCAUGACUAAAACUUGGAGGCUCAACGAACGUCACUAUGGCGCCCUUCAAGGCUUAGACAAGGAGGAAACGGCUAAAAAGUUCGGAGAGGCUAUGGUGAAGGUUUGGAGAAGAUCAUACGACAUUAGGCCACCGCCAGUUGACGAAUCAAGUGAACACUAUCCAGCCAAUAAUCCAGUGUUCGAUGUUGUUCCCAGGGAGUUCUUGCCAAACGGAGAAAGCCUAAAGCUAACAUUGGAGAGAGUUAUGCCAUUUUGGGAAGGAGAGAUAGUGCCUGAACUCAGAAAGGGCAAGCCUGUUUUUGUUGCUGCUCAUGGCAACAGCCUGAGAGGGUUGAUAAAGAUGCUGGAUAACAUGAGCGAAGCUGAGGUUCUGGAGUUUAACCUCCCGACCUGUGUUCCAGUACUCUAUUAUCUUAAUGAAGACUUAUCUGUAAGCAGUAAAAAGUACCUUUUAGAUGAGGAAUCUCUAAAGGCCAAGAUGGAUGCUGAAAGCAAUGUAAUGAAAAGCGGAUCGAAGGAUAAAAGCGCUUGAUCUAAUUUUGCAGCUAUGAUCUGGCAUCGAUAUUUUCGCGGUAUUGGACCUGGCCCCUGGACAUUCCAGGAUCCCGAUUUUAUACCCAUUAAUGAUACAUAUAGCCCAA